CUAUGCUGGAUUACCGACUGUGUUCAGGCUGGCGGAUACUGGCCCCCAAACGAAAUUUCUGUUCCACCCGCCGAAUUUUAGAUAAAGAGCACUUGCACUUUCAAGACCUCAAAAUUGUGACACCUGAAUUGGUUACCGCUAUCCGAAUUACAAAAAAGCCAGAUAUACCUAUAGCCCUCAUACCACAACAUCUACAACGCCUAAAACACCUCGAGCGGAUUCAAUUCAUUGACAGAUCGAUGAAAGAUAUCGACCGUCAACAAGCUUUAUUCCACGCCUUAUCCACACUACCCCUCAAGGGUCUUCACCUCAAAUCGACACUGUUUCGUAACCAGCAACAGCUUUAUGACUUCAUACGUCGUUUUCCUACGUUGGUGGAGGUGUCCUGCUCAGACAUACGCUACGCGGGAAGGAUACCCGGGCAGUAUACCGGGCCACUCCCCUUACUGCCGCACCUUCGGAGGGUUAAUAUGGAUGGCGGUCUGUGGUUAGCAGCUCUGAAUGGAACAUUUGGGUCAAUCAACAAACUGCAGAAAGUCACCGCGUUGGAUGUGCACUUUGACGAUAUUCCCAAAGUUAGCCAAUUUCUGCAGAAAACUGUGAAGAACCUUUCCGAGUUUAAUAUACGGCAUUUGCAUAAGAUUGAAGGCAAGGUGUCGAGGGCCUGGGCAAGCUGGAGGCCUGAACCUUUUGUCCUCUCACACUUGAAGACAUUGGGUAUUGAUAUUCAUGGACGGGAGAGGGUUACGGGUCUCCAUGUUCGCGCUAUGACCAAUCUCUUAGGAUGGUGGAUGCAGUCGCUGGAAAAGAUUGUCAAGGAGAACACAGUGUCACCUCUCGAACGUUUAACAAUCAUCUUGGGAUUGUAUAGGACUGACUACAUCUUGAAGCAUUCUGACGAGAUGUGGGCGACACUCGAUCGUCUUCUCACCCAGGAUCAGUUCCCCGAGUUCAGAUCUCUCCGCGUUAUCAUCAAGGCUUAUCAGCCUGUCUCGGUACAGGGCGCUAUGCAACGGACGAGGAUGAUAGUCAAGCAAUGUCCGCGUUUGGGUGGCAGGUUGACGGUUUCUGUGGUGGAAGGGAAUGUCAUAUCCGGUAAAGCACACUUCUACAACAUUGAGGGGUAAUCGAUGGCUUCACCCGCUGGUGCUGAGGGUACUUAUAAACUUGCCACCUCUGGUACACUCCAUAUUGGGGCUACAAUUGUGAAUAGUUCCUUGCGCUACGGCCCGCACAGUAAAUGAUAUCUCUUCCGCCUUACAGAUCGCUAUCCAAGCUGGACGGACAAAAUG